UCAUCCUGAUAUUCUUCAGUUUUCCGUAUCGCGCCUUGCAGCAGAGCUCCUGGCUGAAGAUCCGGCUGAAUGUGUGCGCAGCAGUGGAAACAGAAAACGCACACUCCUGCCAUUAAAAACUGCUUGUGUGUGUGUGUUGGUGAAGACAUGAAUUACACCUGAGCCGGGCAUGUAGUUUACCGGUUUCCUGGGCGUGGGAAGGACGAAGAAAGCAGCCUGUCUACUUGUUUGUCGUGGGAAUAUUGUUGAAGUAAACUUCAGCAGUGACUGGAGCAGCUGCGCAGCUCAGCAAGACGUUCAUUUCGCUCCAGUUUGACUCUUCCAGAGCAGUUUCCUCAAAAUCAGGAUGUAAAUUUGGGAACUUUUUUUGAAGGACCGUUUAUUUUCUAACUUUUGAUACCUUUUGCGGAAUACAGACAGACAACACGGCUGUACAGUGAGAGGGAUAUCAGCUGCAAAUCCAGAGGAGAGGAGAGUGAGGUGGUUUAUGUCAUCAAGAGUUCAACAGGCCUGAACACUGAACAGGAGAGUGAGGUGUUUGAUGUCAUCAGAGAUCAACAGGCCUGAACACUGAACAGUCAUGAUGGAGCGGUGGUUGGCGUGGCAGUUUGCCCUGUUCGCCCUGGCAUCCAUUUACCUCAGCCCCUCCCAGGGCAAAAACACAGAGUUCCUUUCUGAGUUUCUGAUCAACAACGUGGUGGCCGAUCCUCAUACGGGCCGGCUAUACGUCGGCGCCGUCAACAAACUCUACCAGCUGAACUCUGACCUCGAAGUCGAGGCCCACACCGACACGGGCCCAAAGCGAGACAACCGACAAUGCACGCCGCCAGUCACCGACGCCUGCGAGGAGGCCGUGGAAACAAACAACCACAACAAGCUGCUGCUGGUCCACAAGGCCAACAACGAGCUGGUGGUCUGUGGCAGCGUCUACAGAGGCAUCUGCUCUCUGAUGAACCUGAGCAACGUGGAGCAGCUGCUGUACUUCAGUGACACCAAAGGAGAGAAGUCAUACGUGGCGAGCGCCGAGGAGGGCGUCUCCGUGGUGGGAGUGAUGUCAUACUUCACCAAGGAUAGAGAUAACUUCACCGUGUUCCUGGUUGGAAAGGGGUACGGCAGCCACGACAGCACCAAGCUGAUCUCCACCCGCAUCCUCAAGGACUAUGGUGAUUGGGUGGUUUUUGACAGCAUCAUAGAGGCCUCAGCGGUCCAGGCCAACCCCUUCGUCCUGCGGUACCUCCACGACUUCCGCUUUGCUUUCAAAGACGGCGGCUUUGUGUACUUCCUGUUCUCGCGGACGCUGGGGGUUCAGGACACCAAGAACUUCACCUUCAUCUCCAGGAUGUGCGAGAACGAUCAGGGUUAUUACUCCUACACCGAGCUGCAGCUCAACUGCAGCGCUACCAACAAGUACAACAAAGCUCAGGCCGCCUAUGUAGCAACACCAGGUGAUGUUUUGGCUCAGGCUAUGACCAAAUCAGGCCAGUACGGACCAGUUUCAGCCUCUGACAAGGUGCUGUUUGUCACCUUCACCUCUGAUGAAGACCCACUUACUUCUGCCUUGUGUAUGUACCCUCUGCAGUCUAUAAAUAAGAGGCUGGUGGAGAUAAUAGGAGCCUGUUACAGCAACACCGGUAUCAUUAACGAGAAGUCUGCUGUCUACUCGCCUUACUCCUCCAAGUCUGAAGAGCUGUGUCUCAGCAGUAAUCAGCACAUGGCCCUCAACUACAAGUGUGGAGCCGAGUUCCUGCCUUCCCCAUUGGCCAGCAAGGCCGAGUUCGCCUUAACAGCUGAGCCCCAAUUAAUCCGAAAGGUUCACAUGACCGCCGUGGCUGUGGCUGUGGAAAUGGGGCACGCUGUGGCGUUUCUGGGCACCGCCACUGGAGAGAUGCUGAAGGUACAUCUGUCGGCCCAUCCUGAGGUGUACUCGCGAGUUGUGAUCACGGGAGACAAGGUCAACAAGAACCUGCUGUUCGAUUCCAGCCUCCAACACCUGUACAUCACCACAGAGAAAAAGAUCACAAUGGUUGCAGUCCAGGAAUGCCACCUGAAGACAGACUGCCACUCCUGCGUCUCGCUGAAGGAUCCGUACUGUGGCUGGUGUGUCCUGGAGGGAAAGUGCACCAGGAAGCAGGAGUGUAGGAGGUCGACGGAGGAAAACACCUGGCUGUGGUCACCCAAUCAGCAGUGUGUUCGGAUCCAGAGCUUCAACCCUCCAAACCUCAGCUGCAAAAAGACACAGCAGGUUGAGAUCAACAUACCCACACUCCCCAGUCUGAGCACCUCUGAUAGGCUGUGGUGUGUUUUCGGCUCUGUCAUCAAGGACGCUGUGAUGUCCAUAAGCAGUCGUGGACAGGUCACCUGUUCGCUGCCGGACCCCGUGGAAAUCCCACCCACUCCUGACCAGCAGGAUUAUGUGUCCGUCCCAGUCAAGGUUCUGGUGAACAACAACAUCGAUGUGACGUCUGGAGAGUAUCACUUCUACAACUGCGCCGCUACGGUCAGGAAGAACCCAAACACACCGUGUAUAGCGUGUGUGACCAGUGAAUGGAGCUGUCAGUGGAACGCUCAGGAUCACAGCUGCAGUGACAGAGAAGAUGGCGUAAAUGAAGACCACAUAGUUAAACCACAACAGUCGCAGAGGUGUCCUCAGUUUGAGUCACCGGAGCCGCUGCUAAUCCCUGUGGGAUUUGAAAUCCCCAUCAGUUUCCAGGGAAGAAACCUGGACAUCUACACGGGUAAGACGUUUGCCAUCGGGACUGAGCUGAUGAAACACACAGAGAAGACAGUCAUACAGGAGCAAGACUCAAAGUUCAAAUUCACAGGUUAUGAGUUUUCCUAUGACAAACAGCAGGAGGUGAACGUAUCCUUCCACAUCAAAGACAGAAACACUGAGAAGAAGAUUGACAGCACCCUGACAGUCGUGCUGUAUAACUGCUCAGUGGGAAGAGAAGACUGCAGUCUGUGUAAACACGCCGAUGACACCUAUCAGUGCGUUUGGUGCUCCGCCACACACACCUGUGUUUACCGGGAGCUCUGUCAGUCACCACAGCCGACACAGUGCCCCAACCCGGAAAUCACAGAUAUCAUCCCUCGCUUCGGCCCUCUAAACGGUCAGAUCUCAGUGACCAUCAAAGGUUCCAACAUGGGAAUAAAGAAGGAAGACAUCAAGAAGAUCACAGUAGCAGGAGUGGACUGUGUUCACCAGGCGGACAGAUACUCAGUCUCUACCAGUGUGGUGUGCGAGAUUGGCCCAGCAAAGCGAGUCCCACCGACUGACCUCCCGUUUGAACCAACCACCAGUGGACCCGUGGAGAUAGAAGUAGACGGAAGCAGGAGAGGGACGUCUCAGGUCUUUUUCACUUACCGGGACCCCAAACCAGAUGCCGUGCACCCAGCGAAGGGUCCUGCAGCCGGAGGAACCAUGAUCACCAUCAGCGGCAAAGACCUGGACACUGCAACUAAAGACGACAUCGCCGUCACUGUGGGGGGAGUUCCCUGUGAAGUCCGGUCAUUCGGCGCACAGAUCACCUGCGAGACCGGGAGGUACCGUGGGCAGAAGGUGCCCUCUGACCCGUUAACGGUGACGGUGAAAUACGGUAAAAACACCACCAAAGACGUCCCAGCUGCAUACCAGUACUCUGAUAACCCCAAGAUCACAGAUUAUUACCCUAAGACCAGCUUCGUGUGUGGUGGUCGAAGGAUUGUGGUGAUGGGAAAUGGUUUUGACCUGAUCCAGAGAGCCACGAUGAAAGUCCUGCCCUGCUCUGACGAGUUUUCACAGAAUACAACUACUGUAGAGUUUGUGGAGGAGGCUCUGAGUAAGAACGACACCGUCCUCCAGUUUUACUCUCCGGCCGUGAACUCCUGCUUCGACAGCCAGUCUUUCAGGACGGUUCUCCAGCUGGACAACGUGAUGGAGGAGCUGAAGAGCUUCGACUAUCACCCUAACCCCACCUUCAACAAACUCGCCAAGAACGUCAUCACAGAGACGAGCAUCAUCAUCGUGACUGGUCGAGGUUUCUCCAAGGCGAUGACGGCCAAAGAGGCCCAGGCAUUUGUUGGAGAUGCCUCCUGCCACGUUAACAUACUGCAGGAUGAUAAGUUGAUCCUUGAGGCUCCUUCAUCACCGCCCCGAGCCAGAUCCAGACGCCAACGUAGAGACACAACCAACGACCCGCUGGAGCUACUGGUGAAGUUUGGUCAUGGCGAGUGGAAUGUGGGUUCAGUGUACUACGCCAGAAAAGAGGACAUUCCUCUGGCUAUAAUCAUCCCUGCAGUCAUCAUACCGAUGCUGCUCUUCAUCGCCGUGUCCGUCUACUGCUACAGGAGGAAGAGUCAGCAGGCUGAGCGAGAAUACGAGAAGGUGAAACACCAGCUGGAGAAUCUGGAGGAGAGUGUGCGUGAUCGCUGCAAGAAAGAGUUUACAGAUCUCAUGAUUGAAAUGGAGGACCACACCAGUGAUCUGAGCGAGGCCCGGAUCCCCUUCUUGGACUACAAAACCUACACCGACCGAAACUUCUUCCUGCCCUCCAAAGACGGCACCAACGACGCCAUAAUCACAAGAGAAAUACAAAUCCCAGAAGCCCGCAAGGCCAUCGUGGCUCAGGCACUCAACCAGUUCUCAAACCUACUGAACAGUAAAACCUUUCUCAUCAAUUUCAUCCGCACGUUGGAGAGUCGUCCGGACUUUAACGCCCGGGCUCGGGGUUAUUUUGCCUCCCUGCUGACGGUGGCGCUGCACGGAAAACUGGAGUAUUACACGGACAUCAUGAGGACGCUGCUGCUGGAGCUGAUGGACGAACACGUGCAGAACAAAAACCCCAAACUCAUGCUGAGGAGGUCAGAGACUGUGGUGGAGAGGAUGCUUUGUAAUUGGAUGUCCAUCUGUCUCUAUCAAUUCCUGCGGGACACGGCAGGAGAGCCUCUAUACAAACUGUUCAAGGCCUUGAAGCACCAGGUUGAGAAGGGACCGGUGGAUGCCAAGAUGAAGAAAGCCAAAUACACACUCAACGAUACGGGGCUGCUGGGGGACGACGUUGAGUACUCUGUACUGACUCUGCAGGUGUUGGUGCACGGGGAGGGACCCGAUGUGACUCCAGUGAAGGUGCUGAACUGCGACACCAUCUCCCAGGUGAAAGAGAAGAUCAUCGAUCAGGUCUACAGGAAUCUGCCGUACUCACAGAGACCAAAGGUGGAGAGUGUUGCCCUGGAGUGGCGCCCGGGCUCCACGGGUCAGAUCCUGUCCGACCUCGACCUGACCUCCCAGAAAGAAGGACGCUGGAAGAGGCUCAACACCCUGGCUCAUUACAACGUUCGUGAUAACGCCACGUUGGUCCUCUCCAGAGUUUUGCACACACAGUCCUUUCACCAGCACCAAGACAGCCAGGAAGAAAAAAAUGCCCUGCUGGAGGACGACAACACCUUCCACCUGGUGAGGCCGGCAGAUGAAAUCGAUGAAGGGAAGUCAAAGAGAGGCAGCAUGAAGGACAAAGCCAUGACCAAAGCCAUCACUGAGAUCUACCUGACCAGGCUACUGUCUGUCAAGGGCACUUUGCAGCAGUUUGUGGAUGAUUUCUUCCGCAGCGUGUUGUGCUCGGGCUCUGUCGUGCCUCCUGCCGUCAAAUACUUCUUUGACUUCUUGGACGAACAGGCGCUGAGACACGACAACGUGGACGAGGAGACGCUGCACAUCUGGAAGACUAACAGCUUGCCUCUGCGUUAUUGGGUGAACAUCCUGAGGAACCCUCACUUCAUCGUCGACGUGCACGUGACGGAGGUGGUGGACGCUUCGCUGCAUGUCAUCGCUCAGACCUUCAUGGACGCCUGCACCAAGACGGAGCACAAACUCAGCAGAGAGUCUCCCAGCAACAAGCUGCUCUAUGCGAAAGAGAUUUCAACAUACAAGAAGAUGGUGGACGAUUACUACAAAGGUAUCAGACAGAUGGUUCCAGUCAGUGACCAGGACAUGAAUACACACCUUGCUGAGGUGUCCAGGCAACACACAGACAAGCUGAACACCCAGGUGGCCUUACAUCAACUGUACCAAUACGCCAGCAAGUACUACGAUGUGAUCAUUCAGUCGCUGGACGAGGACCCAGCAGCCCAGAAUAAACAGCUCACCCUCCGCCUCCAACAGAUUGCUGCCGCCCUGGAGAACAAGGUCACCGACCUUUGACCUCUGGCCUCGUGGAGGGGUUAUGGGGCGGAGCGAACGGAUACUAAAACACAAGAUGUUGUUUUUCAUUUAAGGACUCAAAAGAGGAUGAGCUCGCGGACUCUACCGAAUAUUUGACCAUGUGAGGGGCUGAAGUGGGAGGAGUUAUGGGAGAUUUUGGACAAAUGAAGUGUAAAAAUAUUCCCAGAGUGAUGGAAACUGAAGCGCUGAUAUCCACUACAGUCUGUAUGGCGUACCUCCACUUGGCAUCCCAAAACAAAUCCCAAGCAGGGAUGCAAAAUGGUGACUGUAACGUGGCUGCAGAUGGGAGCUCUUGUGAAAUCAAAGCGUUAUUUCUUUUCAUAACUAGGGCGUUCGGUUUGCGUACUCCUCGCCCUUGCUCUUUCUGUGUUUGGCUUCUCCACACCACCAAUUUUAAUUUUCCCAUAUAAGGACUCAAGAAAAAAGUGCCACGCAAGGAAUGACGAUUGAAGAUUUUUGGAUAAUUUAAGAUAAGUGAAGUAAGGAGACAUUACCAAAUAUUUUCUUAUUAGAAGCUUGGAUUAGAAGUACAGCUUCUCCAGGACGCUUUGUGCUCACUAAUUCCUUAUUGUGUUGCAGCAAAAGUCUAUGAACUAUAGAUGCGAGGUGAAUUUGCCUCCCAACUCCUGAUCUGAGGUCAGCUUUUCUGUCUCUCUGCUAAAUGGUAACCAGGAAAUCUGAUCUCAUGUCAGCAACUGGUUUCAUCCUAAAGCGUGAAAAUGCUUUGAUGGACUUCAACCUUCAAGAGAGCUCAUAAAAAAAUUAUCAACCAAUGAAAACCCACUACGGUACACACCACCGGCCAGUCACGGGUCUUGUUUUUUUUUUCUUGAUGGCACAACUGAGGAGAGUGAAUUCAGGGUACGAUGAGAUGAAUUAAGUCCAAAAAUCAACACAGACUUUUCUUGUAUCAUGGCCAAAUGUUGUUUUUCAUAUCAGCUGAGCUGGAGCAUGUCUUUCUGUGACUCAAACCGCAGCUGAAUCAUUUCACUUCGUUUAGUUUCUUUAUUAUUAUUAUUAGGCUUCGCAUUUCCAUGUACAACAUCAAAAGGAUCUUUUUAAUGGACUGACAUCGUGCCACCUAGUUUGUUCUUUUGUAAAGUGUUAAUCAGGGUGGUCCAUAAUGUCAGAUCCUGUGCGUGUGUGUGUGAGUGAGCGUUUGAUAGUUAUCAACACCGUUGCCACUGAGAACCAGCUUGUUUUUACUUUAUGCGAAAAAAUCAUGACUGCCUAAUCAUGUGGUCUAAAAAGCCAAACACAUUUACUGUUAAGUGUGAUUUGAUUUGUUUUUAUAAACUGUAUAAUUUCACUUCUUUUGCAAAACUCCCUUCAUAUACACAUCUGCUUUUUGUUUUAUAAUUUUCUGUUUAACUGCACACAUACAAGAAAAAGUGUCUUCUGAAGACAGGGUAUCCAUGGAUCCUUUGAAAAGGUGUUCAAAUGUAUUAAAUCCAGUUAUUAUAGGCCCCAUUUGUCCAUUUGAGGAUGGUUUUUAGAGCUGCAAAAUAUAGAACCAAUAUGCAUCCAUUAGCCGACUGGACUACAAGAGUCUGAUUUAAAUUGAUUGAUUUUCAGCAGGGUAAUGCAGUUAGUAUCAGAAAUGUUUUCAGGGACUCUAGAGUACAUUAAAAAUCUGGACGUCUCCUAACAAGUAAUUGCCCCCUCAUCAUAUGGUAGAUUUAAAAAAGCCUAAAAGCAAAUCAAACAAAGAAAUAAAGUAAACUACAAAAGUCAAAUAUUUUGUAUUAUUCUUCCCAUUAAAUGUUUCAUAAUGUUCAUGAGGUUUGUUUAAUAAGAAAUAGGGCGGUUUUGUUUUGUUUCUGACCUGCUGAAACCUGCACAAAGCUUGUCUCCAAAAUCCCCAUUUUUGUGAAACCGCAUCGUUAAUGUCUUUCUGAAACGUACAAGGAGUCGACCUUUUCAGGAAUUAUUAAUUUUUUUUAAAUCCAUAAAGCAGAGUGAGGGACAAUAUGUUUAUGUCAAGUGCUAAUUAGAGAAAUAUGGGAGAAAAAAAAUCUUUUUGAAUCCAUAAACCAUCAUUUAUAUAACCAACCACUGUAAAUGAGCAAAUUGUGGACCAAGUUAUUAAAAGAUCUGCAGCAGUCUUUGGGUUUAAGUGCCGUUACCCCACUGAAGUGUAAAUUAACUAAUUUAUCUUCUCCUGUGCUUCAUAUUAAUCACCAUAGAAUCAUUAUAUAUCUACAUUAUUCUUUGCCUUCUGAUCCCAGAUGAAGUGCUUUUAUGUAGUGCUUGAGUUAAUAUCAAAGAUUAAAUAUGCAGUUUAUAAGUUUGAUAUUGAACCCCACGUCUCUGCUACCGAAGUUGCUCUGUUAGUUGUUUUUGGGGGGGGGGGGUUCUGUGAAGUUGGAUUUAUUGAUUCCACUGAAGUUUCACAUCUUACAAACUGCAUCUUUAAAUUCCUGAGCAAUACGACCUUAAGGCUUGUGCUGUAUCUCUGUCUCCAAUUCCUUUAACUGUAAAUGGACACGCUGCAAGGCUCUGGCCAGAAUUUGGCACCACAGGACCUCCAGAUACAAAGACUGAAAUACACUCAUUUUAGCUUCUUCUGUUUUUUUUCUGUUUUUUUUUAAAGCCGCUUUGGUGCCAAAUAACUUCAAGAAACUUACUGCGUGUGUUGUAGUGUGUGUAAUUCAAGGCUUGGACUGUCAUUUGAGUUGGAUGUUGUAUGAGUGUAGCCAGAAAUAAGAGGGGAAACAGUUGUGCAUUAAAUAAUCUGGUGGUACUUUUUAUAAACAGUUGAAAUGUGAAACUUCUUUUGGAGGUUGUCUUCAGUGCCAGUUCUGAUAUUAGAAAACCUUUUUUCACCAAAAUUUCACCAGCUUUUCAAAGCCAACUGCCGCAUUCGCUUUCCAGAUCCUUAAAUCUUUCUGAGGAAAUUGAAUUGUUUGCUUAAUCUCUACUCACUUUACAAAUAUAGUUUAAUAAAUAUAAAAUAUGAGACAUCUAAUUCAUGUAGAGAACAAUAUUUUACACAAUUUAUCGCCUAAAAAUCUCUAUUCCUCCGCCAACAGUAGCUUCUUUCUGCCUUCUUUUUUGCAACCAGCGAGUGCCUUAAAGAGUAGAAGUGAAAGUAGAUUUGGAAGUAAAAACCAAAAAAAAAAGGUGUCUAGAGGCACAUUAAUGUUUUAAAGUAGGUUGUAGGUUUGUGGUUCUUAACUGGAAGAUCACAAUGCAAAGUGGUACAGAGAGGGCAAAGGGGGUGCUAUCAAAUGUUUUUAAAGCUUGUACAAAAACAAAUUUACACCGUCGGGAAAUCACUGCUACUCUACACAACCAUGUUUUUAUUUAUUAUAGAAAAUGUAUGAGCAAAAUAGUCUUACAUUCUGUCAUUGUGUUACUUAUGGAUGGAAAUAUUGUGAAAAUCGACCCCCAGGAACCCUCAACAAGGAGCCCUGGACCCCUCUUUGAGAACCACUGCAUUAGAAUAAUUGAUACCUUUUUUAUCUUGGAAUAUGGAUCGACACUUAAAGGAAUUACACGUGUGAAACAGAGGCUGGCUAGGACCCAAAAUGGCGGAUCAUUUCUAACAUUUACUCAUUUUAGCUGACGCUUUUAUCCAAAGCGACUUACAGUUGCUAUGUACAUCAGAGGUCGCACGCCUCUGAAGCAACUAGGGGUUAAGUGUCUUGCUCAGGGACACAUUGGUGGAUGGGUCACAGUGGGGGAUUGAACCCGGGUCUCUCAAACCAAAGGCAUGUGUCCUAUCCGCUGCCCCAUCACCACCCCAUUUCUGCCUUGCUUACCAACAGCUCUGCAGCAAUUCACGUUGCCACGUAAUUUUUGUCAUUUCAUGCAAUUACAAUUAACGCACCUUAAAAUAACAUAAAAAAAUACAAUAGAAGCAAGAGAAAAUAUAGACUGACGCGUUUCCCUUUGUCAACUCUCCACCUCUUCUUGUCUCUUUAGGAAAAAAUGUGGACGCUAUGGAUAAUUUAAUUUACAAACCUUUGACCUAGCAUACUUGAUCGUGAACCAUGGUAAAUUUGUGAACCUGUGAAAAGUGUUGGUCUAACUAACACACAGCUGUGUUAUCUGUAUAUUCCCCACGCUCCAGAACAGUUGAGUAAAUAUUAGAAGAAUGUGAUCUGCAUAUGUGGUCUUCAAGUCAGUGACUUUCAGAGGUACAGGAAAAUGUUCAUGUGUAAUGACAGGAUGAAGGAUCAGCACAGGGAACUGAGCCUUCACUGUAAGUAGAUUUAUUCGUCCGCUAUUUGAGGAUGUGUGUGUUUUAAUAAGCGUAUUUGAAAAAUAUUGUUUUAUGAGGCACAAGUAAACAACAGUUGUGAGAGGUUUUGAAUGUUAAACAGGAAAAUCGCCCACUGGUACACAAGGGUUAAAUGUGUUUAUACCAUUGUAUAACAGUUUGUACAUCAAAUACAGUACUUUCCCAUUGUUUAUUCUUGUAACAUCAUUGUAGGAAACCUGUGGUUUGAAUGGGCCGGACCAAGUGUAGACUUUUGAAACAGACAGAAAUGGUACUGCUGGACUGGAGCCCAAAUCGGUGACUCUUCUGAGGAAGUGGAGAAGUGGGCUGAAAAUCCAGAUCUAGGAAGUCCAAAUAUCCAAUAAAAAAUUUUCUAUUGUU